AUGAAACAGCAUGGGAACAAGGUGCAUAGCAAGCAGCGGGUUGCGGAUGAGGAUUUGUUCCAGGCCCGUGCAGUUUACAGUCAUGGUUCGAUGAAAGGAGGGCACGGUGAGGAUUCUGAUGCAGGCGAUGGGUUAGAUAGUGGGAGUGAUGGUGGGGGCCACAUGGUUGACGACCAGAUCAUCCAGGAUAUUGAGAAGUGGAGGCCGACAAGCAAGAGCGGCGGCUGCAUUUUUCGAGGGAGACCCGAGGAGCCCAAGCUGGAACGGUUGUUGCGAGCAUGGAAACGGAUCAUGGAGCGGUGUCUGGACACGCUAGAGGACAUUGACCACAAAGAUGUGUUAAAGUGGUGGGCGUCACCGAAGAACGAGGCCGCAAGCCAGCGGCCAUUCGAACUGCCGCAGAGCACAAAGAGCAUGGAUAAGUACAGCCGGGUCUGGGAGGGUUUCAUUUGUUACAUGAUGCGGACAGCGACGGGGGAUUGGGGGGAGGAUUCAGAGACGGGCGUGGGAGUACACGUAUGCACAGUGGAGGUGCAUUCAACGGAUACGGAGGGGGUUGGAUAG